AUGGCUAAGAAGAACAAGAAAAAAGUCAUUCGUCCCUGGUGCUGGUACUGCGAGCGUGAUUUCGAGGAUGAGAAGGUCCUGAUCUCCCACCAAAGGGCCAAGCAUUUCAAGUGCAACCACUGCAGCAAGAAACUCAACACGGCCGGAGGAAUGGCCGUCCACGUUAUGCAGGUCCACAAGGAGACCAUCAGCACGGUACCGAACGCAAUGGAGGGCCGCGAGUCAGUGGAUCUGGAAAUUUACGGCAUGGAGGGCAUCCCAGAGGAAGAUCAGAUUGCAUACAACGCCAGACAGGAGGCAGGAGACAAUCCAGUCAGCAAGCGUCCCAAGAUCGCGGUGGAGUCUGUAGAGUUCUCGGCAGAGGACCUUCAGAGUCAACUGGCGGCUCACAAAGCAAUGAUGCAGGCAGCGGCAACGCCCCCUGUUGGACCUCCAGCUGGGCCUCCUGGAAUGAUGCCUGGCUUCUCUGGACCCCAAAUCCUUCCACCCGGCAUUCCCGGCGGUCCCCCAGGCAGCAUCCCUCCAAUGGGUCCAGGAUUCCCACCGAUGGUGCCUCCUCCAGUGGGUGCCAUGGGGGCACGACCACCCCCUCCCUUCCCAGGUCAGUUCCAAUACCCAGGUAUGCCCCCAGCUGCUGCUUCCGUCAUGCCCGCUGCUUAUAGCCAAUUCUACCAACCAAGACCACCACCACCACCACAUUUUGGAAUGCCUCCCCACCCAGGUAUGUCACACGCUGGUCCUCCACCACCCCAGUUUCCUCCUUUUGGCAGUCAAAUGCCCCCACCAGGCGCUUGGCCGCCACCACAGAGACCAUCUUUUGGAGCACCGCAUUCAAUGCCGCCACAGACACAACAUGCGGGACCUCCUCCACCUAGAUUCCCGAAUGGCGGACCUAUGCCUGGAUUUACUCCACCUGGAAUGCCACCCAAAGGACCUUACGGACAUCAAGGACCUCCACCCUCAGGACACGCAUUGCCUCCUAGACCAGGCGGACCUCCUCCUCCAUUGCUUCACAACGGACCACCGGCCACGAGCGCGCCUGGAAUGGCACCACCCUCAACAGGUAUUCCCAGCAGUCAGAUGCAUCAAGGUUUGAAGAACACAUCACACAUCACAUCUACUCCCGAUUCGACCAUAAAGCCUCCAACUGGAUCAGCAGCAGCACCCUCAAAACCAAUUGUGGGUGCCCCAACUGGCAGCGCUGCUCCUUCAAUGGGUGCUGUGACAGCAACUGCUGCACCUGUUGCACCCGCUGCAACUGCAGUCAAGACAGAGAGUGCGGCAGCGACCCCUGCAGCCGCUGGCGGCGCAUCGGCGAAGAAGGAGAGCGUCCUUGUCUACAGCGACAAUGAUGUAUCAGUGGAGGAAGUCCGAGCUGCAUUAGAGAGGUAUCGUUUCAACCCACACACGGCAUAA